AAUCUUUAUGGAGAUCGUUGGGGAUGGUUAAAUUGUCUACUAACCUUGAACUUUGGGUACUCUAUUUUUCUUUCUUUCUUUCUUCUCUUCUUGAUUUUUUUUUUUUUUUUUUUUUUCUCUCUUAUAUCUAAAUUUUCUCCUAAAGUUUCAUAGGCCUGUUGAUCCAGAACUGUUAACAUUUUUGGUGUUGAAAAAGCUUAUCUUUUGGCUGAUGAUGCAGGCAAAGGCUGCAAUGCAAGCAGGAUUGAGAAAAGGAAAUGUGAGAGAAAGGUCUGCAUUGGGCAUGAUAGGUAUUUCUGCUCAGGAAAGUUAAAGAGGAGACGAAAUGGCUAACAGCUCUGAUUCUUCUAGAGAUUCCCUUGAAUAUUUUGAUGCUCAAAGAGCAUUUCCAAGAUCACGUCAAGCAAGCCAUGAUGACGAAAAGGCAAAGAUAGCAUCAUCAUCUGCACCACUGUCAAUGUUGCUUAUUCCUUCUUUAAAAGAGGUCCGCACAAAAUGGUGUUAUAUUUUUAGUUUCACUUUCACCAUGCUAUUUAGUAUGGAGAUGAUUUUGACAUUUUUUUGCACUAAAAGCAUCAUUUGUUUCCGGACGAAUGUAUGAACCUGCUUCUACUCAUGCUAGAGAAAUCUAUGGUAUUCAAUGCAUAGAACUUAACAUUGGUCUAUAUUCUUAUCCAUCCAGAUUAGUAUAUUUUUAUAGUAAGAGAGACUGCUCAAUGUAAUGAUGGGAGUAAAUAUUAGCCAAGAAUAUUAUUUGAAAGGGUCUCGACAUCUCCAGUGUGGAUCUAGCCUUGUACUGAGAGAGUGACAUGUUACAGUAGCAAAAAGUGAGGGGAAGUCUGAAAUAAGAAUUGUAAAAGUUAUUGUAAUUGAAGUAAUUGCCUGUGAUCAACAUGAAGUGGAACUAUGCAAGUGUUCAUGUUGUCAUUUAGUUCAGAUUAAGACUCAGUUUAGAUGAACAGUGUUUCCAUCCGUUUUAUUUUUAACCUCAUUUGCUAAUGACCCCUAGGCAUGCAUCACUCUUUGUAUCCUGUAACUCUUAAUGGUUUCAGUAUAUCAUGUUGUCAUUGUAGGCCCUUGCUGAUGAUUCGGAAGGGUUAGUUGGGCGUGCAGUUACAAAUUCUCUUGUGAUAUGAAGCGUAAAAACCCUGAAUCUUGUGAAGCUUUUGUUCGCAAGUUGCUUGAGAGACUGGCAAG